GUCGGAGAGCGGUCGGGGGACGGCGGCGGCAUGGCUUCGUCGCAAGGCAAGAGCGAGCCGCGGUUCGCCGACUGGAUGGCAGCUCUGCCCGACAGCAUCCGCAGCACCCCGCUCACCAACCUGGCCAUCCCAGCUUUGCCAGCACUUCAUGCUUAAUCACAUAGUAGAGCCUCUGAGAGGUCCAGUCAGGGAGAAAAUGCAGCCUCUCCAUGUAUGGUUCUGGAAUGCACGUCGUGUUCUGUGUUGCAGAACUACUUUCCCGAGAUGAAGACAAAUGGUUCUCAUGACUCCUUUAGCUUCUACAUUGAUGAAGCUUCUCCAGUUGGGCCCAAACAGCCAGAAACGGUCCAGAACUUUGUGUCUGUUUUUGGAACUGUGGCUAAAAAGCUGAUGAGGAAGUGGUUGGCUACACAGACCAUGAACUUCACCAGCCAGCUGGGUGCAGGUAUACGGUAUUUUGAUCUUAGGAUUUCCACCAAGCCCAGAGACCCAGACAACGAACUCUACUUUGCCCAUGGCUUGUUCAGUGCCAAAGUCAAGGAAGGCCUGGAAGAGAUCAAUGCAUUCCUUGCUGACCACCCAAAAGAAGUGGUUUUCUUGGACUUCAAUCAUUUCUAUGGAAUGCAGAAAUACCAUCAUGAAAAGCUUGUCCAGAUGCUCAAGGACACAUAUGGAAACAAAAUGUGUCCUGCUAUAUUUGCCCAUGAAGUAAGCCUCCAGUACCUGUGGGAAAAGGAACACCAAGUGCUAGUUUUUUAUCACAGCCCAGUGGCUCUUGAGGUACCAUUUCUUUGGCCAGGCCAGAUGAUGCCAGCUCCAUGGGCAAACACAACAGAUCCAGAAAAACUGAUUCAGUUCCUCCAGGCAUCAGUCACUGAAAGAAGAAAGAAGGGCUCCUUUUUUAUAUCUCAAGUAGUGCUGACACCAAAGGCUAGUACAGUGGUGAAAGGGGUUGCAAGUGGUCUCAGAGAAACAAUAACAGAAAGGGCUCUUCCUGCAAUGAUGCAGUGGGUCCGAACUCAGAAACCAGGAGAAAGUGGUGUGAAUAUUAUCACUGCAGAUUUUGUAGAACUCGGUGACUUUAUCAGCACUGUCAUAAAGCUCAACUAUGCCCUGGAUGAAGGUGAAGAUGACACAACUUGAUAGUAUUGCAAUAUAUUUGUUGUUGCGCUGUUUAGAAUUAAAAAAAAAAAAAAAAAAAAAAAGAUUGCAUUUUAAAAGAAAUAUUGUGUAAAACACUGAUCUUCCUAAAACACAUUGAUGUGUUUAGGGCUUCAGUGGCUGAGCUUGGGGGAAAUAUUUUAAUCAGUUGUGAUCAUUUUUUACAUUUGUGUUUCAUGUGAAGAGCAAAACUAACCAUGUUUACAGUGUUUGAUAUAAGAAUACCAUUUACAUGUUUUCCAUGAGAUACCAAAAGCAAUUCUUGUGUUCUAUGAUUAUGAACAGUGCCAAGAAAUUUGCUGCUUUCAGCACAGUGGAAUGUGUGUUGCCCUGGGUCUGCCCACAGCAGGAUUCCCAAAGGUGUGAACAUUACACUAGGCAUCUAAGGACAGCAAAUAUGGCCCUAAAAUUUUCAGCCACUACACUUCAUCUGUUAGGUGAUUUAAUGGAUUGUACUUAUUGAUAGUUACAGGUUUAAAUGCCUUUGUGAAGUAGAUACAAAGUCAUGUCUCCAACUCAUGUUUAAUCACUGGAUGGUAAACACAAUGCAUUACUCAGCUUGCAUAGAGUGUUGACUAAAUCCUGCUUGCUUUUUAUUCCCAAAGUUGAGUUUUUUCAGUGUCUCUGCCCCAGGUUAGGUAAGUCAGCAGUUACGUAGUGCUGGGCUAAGUGUGUUCUAGGUGCUGCCAGUGUGUAUUUUCUAUGGCUUUAGCAGGUAUAGCUAUUUUCCUUGGCUUUGCUUAGGCCAGCUUGGAGCACCGCACCUUCCCAGGACCAAUCUCAUGUAAGAGUCUGAUCCAACAUCCAUUGAAUUUAGUAGAGAAAUUUACUGUGUUUAGCAUGGACUGGGCAUGGAAUCAGUGAACAGGAUUUUGUCCCAUAGUAGAAAGAUGCUUUCUGCAGGAUUAAAAAUACACUUUAUUAAAAAUAGAUGCAGUCUGAGCUUCUUUUUGGAGCACCUGUAAAUACAACAGGUCUCUGUGGAUUAAAAAAAAAUUCAGUGCCUGUUUCAUCAGUGAAAAACUGCUGCACUAAAGAGUGUAGUAGUUCAAUACCUAGCUAAAAACAAUAUGCUGUAGUCGUUACAUUGUACAUGGGAAAUAAUGCAGCAUAACACAAGUUUAAAAGUCUACUGAAUGGCACUGUUCUAGCAGUGGAAUCUCUGAUCGCCCUACUUUUGAUAAAGCACAUAAAAUUCAAAUAUAUGGAAAAUUUAGUAAGUUAUAAAAUAAAAGCAUUGCCACUGUGUAACACCUAACUGGAUAUAGUGCCAUCAGUCAUAUGUCCUGAGUCCAUCAGUGCGUAUGCACACAGGUUUGGAAAGCAAAACAUUUCAUUUGUACAAACCAAUAGAUGCUAUACUGUCAUACAAGGAAAAUUCUCUUUGAAAUGUUGCAAUGCUUUAUAGGACAAGACUAAGGUCAAGUUUCCAUUGAUAUUGCUAGAACUUUCCACUGAGUGAGAAGGGAGAUAGGCAUCAUAUAGUACUUUGUUAUUUUCUGUCAGAUGGUAAUGACUACCAUCUAUCAUGAAAUUCUAUCAAAACAAAAAUGAUCUCAUUGAACAGGUGAGUUAUGGGGGAUUUGUUGGUUGGUUUUGUUGUGUUUGUUGUUGUUGUGGGUUUUUUUAAAAUCAUUUUAUGAAGAAGUGGGUUAAAAUGAACACUUGCUGCUAUUUUGUAUUGAGAGAGGGUGCCUUGGAAAAUGUGUGUGUGCGUACAGCUGAGAAACAUUUAAGUGUAUCUGUACUAUAAAGACACAUUUUAAAUGUAUGUAUACAAUACAAAGACAUCCCUGCACACUUCCAUAAUGAUAUUCUGGAGGAGUGUUACGUAUUUGCUUGAAGAAAACUGCAAUUAUUAGGAAGUUAUGAUGCCUCCCGAAGUAGCAGUUUUUUUCUAUAUUAAAAGCGUAAAAAUCAUCCUUAGUGAAAUCUGUGAUCUAAGCCAGUUAGGUUUUGUACAGCAUCAACAUUUGACUCAAAUUGAUGUAAAAUAUUUGCCAUGAGCCACAGCCCAUCUUUGCAUUGAACAAGAGGUAGAGCUUGAUGCUUUCAUCCAGACUACACAAGAUGUCAGGUGGGUUGGUGCACAUUGUUUUCAGUCUCCGCAGCCUUGCCAAGCAAAAUUAAUGUAAUGGACACAUAAAGUAAAACCUGAGCAUGUGUGUCCAGGAAGCCUGUGCAAACUGAAAACUUGUUGGUUUUACUUAGUUCGUAAAGCAUUUCCUUUUCUUCUAUGUGGAGUGUGUCCUAUAGAAACAUGAAAAUGUUUGCUUAUUUAUUCGACACGUGGUGUGAAGUGCUCCUUUUAUCCCUUUGUGUCGCUGGAUUUACUUGCUUUCAGGUUCUUCCUGUCAUUCUUUAGCUACUUAGUAUAGUCUAAUUAUUAAAACUGUCCUUCUAAUGCUGUAAAACAGUCAGGAUCUUUGGAUGGAGCAGAAACUGGGUUUGUUCUUUUGGAUUCUGGCAGACAUCCUGUUGGAUCUAAGAGCACUAACACUGAGUUCCUCCUGGGACAUCUGCCUCAAAUACACACCAGACACACCAGGCCUUUCGCUUACACAGGGGUGUACUCAAAGCAAGUGUUCUGCUUGUUGAAGAAAACGUGUGUGCGUGUGUGUGCCUAUAUAUAUGAAUAAAUAUAAAGUUAUAUCAUAUCUUCAGUUUGUUGACGUUGUUAUGAAAUGUUUGCUUAGCAUCAUUGUAUUCUAAUUGUAUUCUAAUUUGCUUAGCAUUGUAUUUUAAUUGUCAUUUGGGUGCUGGAAAAUAAAAGCAAAAACAAAAAAAAAACCAAUCCUCUGACAAGAAGGAUGAUAGACAAAUCACAUAGUUUCUCCAUUAAUUGGGGAAAAUGUUAAAUUUUGGUCAGAAAAUUUGUUUUCAUUUUGCUCUCAAUCUCCUUUCUGUUGGAGAAGCACAGUACCUUACAAUGGGGACAGGUAAACAAACAUGCCUUAAUUACUAAAAUAAAAAAGUGGAGGUGGGGGGAGCAUGCUAUCCACUCUUUCCUGGCGAUUUCAUCUGUAAGGCACCAAAACUGUACUCAAACUGUCUUGAUGGGGAUACACUCCCAGCUGGAUAUCAUCUGGGAGAUCUCGCCAGAAAAGAACAAGCCAGAAAAGACUAUGCAACACAACUGGACCACUCUAGAGGCCCGUGUUGCCAUCCGUAUGCAGCUAAAACUUUUUGAUUUCAGCCAGAAAUGUGCUUGCAGAAGGACUGUAGGCCUGGGUCGGACUAGUUGUCUGACCUCAUUCAUUUGGGAGGUUUGUACACAUGCAUUAUGAGGGAUCCUGCAUGGAAAGUUAGAUGACUGUAAUCGGACUAUCAGAGGAAAAAUACCUGUCUAUGCUAUUGAUGUCCAUGAGCAUCCUUUUAUUUAAAAUGUGAUGUCACUUGCUGUCAAAGCGUUUUCUCUUUCUGUGUUCAUUUUCCCCAUUGCUGUGUUCACUGGGUGCACAUGAAGCAGUAUUGCUUUCUGAACUUUUCAUGUGAUUAGUUACGCUUUCUUUCAUUCAUGAAAAGUUACAACUGCCUCAUUAACUCAAGAUGAAAGGCAUUGGAGCAGUUUCUUAGCCGCUGUAAAGCUAAGUGGCUCCAUCUUUCAGUUUGUGCAAACUGAGGGUCUCUUUGUUCUAUGUUGACGCAAUUUGUGUUGAUGGGAAAAAAUACAGGAGCUGGUUCCAGGAGUACAAGUCCAGCCUUGGGCAGAGGCUCAGAAUCAGACCAAAGGAGCCUAGUUUUCCAUCAGUGGGCCAUUUACAUUCAUUUGCUGUUGGUUAUGUUACUAGUUGUGCAGGUCCUGCCACUUCAAGCCAUUCUUUUAAACGUGUGUAAGUUUGUGUAUAUAUUUGCACAUGUGUGUGAGGGAAUGUGUGAUUGUGUAUGCUGGGCUAAGUCCUCCUGUCAUACUGAUACAAAUCUAGGCCAUUUCUAGUAACUUCAAAGCAUUUACUAAUGUUUUACCCUGGGAUGAGAGGGAGCAGAUAGUCAUUGACUAGUAAAUAUAUGCUGUGUUGCAAAGGACAUAAAAAAGUUGGGGUUAACUCUGCCAUAUUGAAAAAGUGGAGUGCCCUGAAAAUAUAGCGCUAGUGCUGUUUAUGCUCACUAUAGUAUACAGAGCAUUAGGUGUUAGCAUCUGAGCAGACUGUUUGGUGAUUUCAAGAGUUCAGUUAACACCAUUUUAAACUUCAAAACUCUUUUUCAGUGAAGUAAAAGCUAAUAGCAUAUAUGAUGUAUUUGCCAUAUCUCAGUGGUAGCUUCUGUGUUACAUACAGUCAGCGUUUUUCUGAAUCGUAUAUGUUUACCAGUGCUGAGGUUAAAAUAUGCUCUAUAGUAUGUGCAGUGUAUUGAUUAUAGGUAUGUUGGAGUUCGGUGAUGUAUUUAGUUUUAACUGUGCUGCUGUUUCGUAGAUAUGUGUGUGUGUGGAAGUAUGGAUUGUCUACAGUGUACGAGGAAAUAAUAACUAAUCCUAAAGGAAAAGGGCAGUUAUGUAACCUGCCUUAAUGCAUUUGCAUAAUCUUAUUUAAAGCCCAUAGUUACAAGUUCUGAUUUCAGACAUUACUGGGGAUUGACUGUAGUGCUGACUCCCUCACUUCUCUGCAUUAAGGAGUUAAACUCAAAGUUACCUGGAGCUCACUUACAUAUCAAUAAAUGGAGAAUAGCAUGUCUGCACAACCUUGAUUGUACGUGGUGGCAAAGAUGUGUGAGUGCUACAGAGCAAAUCACUUCUGCACACACACAGCUCCUCUUGAUGCCAGCAGGAAUCUUGUUGAUGCAAUUGAAAGGUCUGAAAUUCCUCUUCUGGGAUGCAGUCAUGAUGUUAAGGUUGUGGUACCCUGGCGUUAUGGAAGUGCCUGGAUGCUGUGCAAUACUGCUCAUGUCCCAUGUUGGAAUGUAGCUGUAAGUCUGCAGUAAAAGCUUUGAACUCUUCUCCAAUCCAGAUAGGACUGUAAAAAUCCUUAUGUAAAAAGGAUGAAUAUCUGAGGCUAAGCAGCCUGGCCUGGCAUACCCACCUACAGCAUUCUGCUUUCAGGAGCCUUGGCAGCUUAAAUUAAGAUGGUUGUAGUAAAUUCCUGGAGGCUGACAGGGCCUAGUGCUCUAGGAAGGGGAAUGUAAAUCUCUCGGUUGCCCACAGGUAUGACCUCCCCUCCUACCAUUCCUACAGCUAAAUCUAGCUCUCCUUUCAUGAUUUCUUGUGAGAGAUGCCACUGAUUGAUUCUUAGGGUGAUGCUGAAAGACAUGCAGAGCAAGGAAUGUGCCUCAUGCCAAGCUGGUUGGAUAGGAGUAGGCAGAGCACUCUUGUUUGGCAUGAAGUCAGCCUCAGCAAAUUACUUAAGCAGUGACAGAAGGGAAGCAGAAGUCUGCUUUGAGACCCUCUUCUGUUAUCUUUGUCCAGCUACAAUGCAGCAUCUUUCCACUUUUCUCCUUUGUCUCUGUUCAGCACUCCUCAGCUUCUGUAUUCUCACCCCUUAACUACUUAUGGUGAGCAACACUGUGCUCGAAGUGAGUAUUGUACAGGUUUGUCAUCCUUACUAGACCAUCACAGUUCACAAGUUCUUACAAGGUCUGCUGCUAAAAGAUGGAACUGUGAUAUCUGAUGGUUAUGUCCAUAUCCAGGUGACAUACACAUGUUCUCUUCAGAGGACCUCACCUUGUCUUGUAAGAAGUCCAUCAUAAGCUUUCUCUUGCCAAAUUAAAAACAAACUGGAUGAUAAGUCAAUGACUGUCUCCUAAUUUUGAGAUGCAAUUAGGCUUUUUUUCUGCAGUGGAAUAAUGAAGACUAGUCUCUUCCCUUGGUUUUAGGUUCUGCCAAAGCCACUUCGAUUAGCAAAUUCCUAGAGUAGGUAAAAUUACUUGAACUGGAAAAUCAGUUCUGCUGUGAAGCUGGGAUCUGGGAAAGCAGAAUCCUGGGCUCUGUAUGUAUUGUUAUUGAAAAUGAUGAUACGAGCUUAAAAUUAAACUUUAAAAGAAAUAGGCUUGUCAGGACACAUGUUUUUUGCCUGCCUCAGACUUGAGUAGCUUUAGGAUCAUGCAAAGUGAUAAUUGGGAUGUUAUUGCCACUGCCUCCUGAUGAUAUUCAGGGUCUCUGUUCAGAAGCCUUAUUAUUCCAAAUGAGCAUUAAUGCAUUUGAAUGACUUUCUUCAUUUCUGUGGGAAGAAAAAAUGGGUAACAUUGAGGACAUGGAGCUCCAUGUGUGUUGUGCCCACAAAGGUUCACAGAGCUGCACCUUCUCUUUUUAGGAUCUACUUAAUAGUACUUUAAUAAAUGUUGUGUAAAAAAUGCCUACAGUUCUGUAUAGCAAAUGUGAAUUUUUAUGAGAAGAAUGUGUAUUUAAUGUAAAAAUAAAUAAAUACUGUUUCUUUGUAUCCAGUGAAACAUCUAAUAAAGUUCUGGUACCUGUGU